GUAGCUGGCUUUCAGAGACUUUUCCGCGAGAUCACUGCCAAGGUUUCUGCCAGUUUACCUGUGCGCGCACGCCAAGCCUUUAUCUCCACUUUCUGUGCUGACGAGAGUCGUGUCCUAGCAUGGCCAGGACCUUUUAUGUUCACGUUCUCGCAAUACUCUGUGCAAGAUGUGCUAUUGCGCAGAGGGACCACAGCGACCUACCCCAGCCGCUAGAAGCAGAAUUUGUGACCAUUCAGCAUGAUCCUAAUACUUUUUUGGAUUUUCCACGACCUGGUGACCCUCUCCGAAAGACAAUCAGCCCACGAAAGACUAUCAUAUUUGGUCGGGAGGAAACAGGAGAUCGCAUGGAGGCCAUCGUGAACUUUGCAAUGCCGUUUAACGCCGAUCGCACUGAGCUCUAUAACUGCGCCUUUAGAUGCUCAUAUUUCCCCGUUGAGGGACGGACCCAAACCUGGAGUAAACAGUAUUUGUACAACAUUGAAGACUUGCUACCUUCCGCCGAAUGUAACUGCCAGAUACGGAUUCAACCAGGCGUGACGUCAUCGCCAGAUAGACGAAUGCUGAUCUUCUAUGGCUUCGGUCCCGACAAUUGCACAAACAAGAUCAUUCUCUAUGAUGGCCAUACUACCACUAGUAUGAAGUCAUCUGGUGGGGAGAAUGUUCCCUGGGCGUUCUCACCCGCUUUGGUCACAAUAAUGACGUCACCUGAAGAAUUCGCGCUCAUAUCCUACGGAGGGUCGCUCUGCAAUGACGUCAGUAAUCCAUCAUGUUUGAGCUUCUCCGCUAGCGUGUGGCGUUUGACUGUGAAUACAUUCAACAAAUCCGUGGGUCACUGGACUGAAGACAAAGGUGACACAAUAUUGACUCCUGGCCCUCGCUCCAACCCGUCUCUGUUUCUAAUCGAUGAAUUCUCCCUGCUGCUAUUCGGCGGUUUCAAGUCUACCAGCAACUACACUCGCAUUGUGCUGCUAAAUGACCUAUGGGUGUAUAAUAUGCGAAAUUCAAGCUGGAAUCAGCUGGUCGUGUCAGGUAUUCCCCCCAUCAGCACCAGCGCGGGGCACGCGGCAACGUACCUGUCAUUUCAGAUCUUGCUCAAUGUCGUGCAGGCUACAUACGUUGAAGAAUUGGCUGUCCUCAUGGUGGCAGGUCAAGUAUCCGGAUCCUCUAUAAGCUUUCGCGCAUGCCAGUUACGUUCAAUCAACGGUAACCGAGUUCACUGUGACGAAAUGGGGAAUAUAGAGUUACCACCAUCUAUACAUUUACCGGUUUGUACUGGCUGCCCACGCUCAAACAUUUGGUAUAGCCUGAUGUCCGGGUCGUCGAGUAACUUUUAUCUCGUGUUCAAUGGCGUUACUGGUGUUGAGGAUAUCCAUGCAUUUACCUUGCGAAGGGUCAGUGAAGCUAACAAGAAUGGCUCUCUAAGAAUGUUUCCAGUGUGUCUGCUGCAGAGAGACUUGUUAUGGCGCUUUCCCGGACGGCAGCAAUGUUUAACGGCGGCUCCAAUAGCCACAUUCAGAAGUUCUCAAAGCACUCAGUUCAUAUUCGUCGGUGGUACAUGCCUACUUUCAAACAGGCGACUUGCUUUAAAUCGGCCGGGAGAAGACUCCUUAACGUCCAUUUGGAAUUUGAGAAUUAUUAAGAGAACCUCUGGCAGCUUUAUGUCCAUUGUCCGCAUGUGGAAAUCAACAGGUGGGCCAAACCUGGCUUGGGUGAUCGGAUACACGUGUACCAGUGUGGGAGACAAAGCGAUUUGUUUUGGAGGUUACAAUGCUACUGGCGUGGGCUUCUUUCAGCCAUCAUACGCACAAAUCACUUGGUGUUACAAUUCAAAGUUCAAUAACUGGCACUCUCUCCUGGUUGCACCUGGAGACCCAGUGCCAUCUGCACGUGCCGACCACGUGGCGUUCUCAUUUAACACCUUCCAGAUGUUUGUUCAAGGUGGCGGACAUAUUGACGAGGUAUUUGCCGAUUUGUGGAUGCUACAAUUGGAUGUCUUCAGUCCGGAAUGCACCGGGAAAUGGCAUAACUUAACUGGCAGAAUAACCGGCGGCCACCUGCCUCGACGACGAGGCCACUCAGUUACUGUCCAUGAGUAUUACGCAAUAUUUUUCGGAGGCAAAAUGAAAGCUCGGUCAAUGGAAAUCGGCUCCUCGCUAAUAGUUCUCUCUUUCAAGUCACUGCAACAAAUUGUGUUGACAUCUGUGGAAUUCACUAAUCCCAUUGCACCACGCUACGCACACACGUUAUCAUUCUACACCAAUGACUCUCUUCUGCUUUUGGGAGGUUCCUACAGUCAAGGUAGUAAAGGAACACCUUCAGAAGCACAGCUGAUCCAACUGAAUGCAAACAAUACAGUCACAGCUAUACCAUUCUUCAACUACACCAUCCACAACCAUAGAAUCAUGGACAACUUUAUAUUUGGAGGAAUCGUUCCAGAUAAUAUUGCACCAGGCCUUAGUUAUCUGCGCGUGAAAAACGACAAGAAUUGCCCGCUGGGUUACGGGAGAACCGAAGGCGAUUCAUGCCAGCCAUGCGCUAAGGGAUACUACUCUGACAGCGUACCUAAGCAAUGCAUGAAGUGCCCAGACGACCUGACAACGCAAGGUACAGGCGCCACGCUAUGCAUUGCCUCGAAUCCGUGCACUGUGCAGCACUGUCACGGACAUGGUACAUGCUUUGUGGACAGCGGAAACAAGGCAUACUGCAAGUGCCGAUUCGGAUAUCUACCAGACGAUAACUGCAGAACGCCGACUGUGUACCUGUCCCAGUUGGCUGCUGUCGUCUUCUCGUUCGUUAUGGCCAUGCUAAUUGCCUUCCUGGUCAAAUUUGCACGAAAGCGAGGAGAGUUACGCCGCACUGAAGAACAGCUUCAGUGCAAGCAUCGCGAUCUUCGCAUAUCUGAGAGAAAGUUGGAUGAAAUCAACAGAGGCACACGACUAAAGUGGUCAGACUUGACGAUCGGCAAACAAAUCGCCUCCGGGGCGUACAGCAAAGUCUACCUGGCCAAAUUUAGUGAUAUGACUGUAGUUGUCAAGCAGCUAGCCAAACAAUGCACUCCUGCUAAAUGGCAAACGUCCCCAUACGAUAUUUUCAUUCAAGAAGCGGAGACGCUACGGUCUUUGCGACAUCCGAAUAUCGUGAUCUUCCUGGGAGCCGGACGGGAUACCCAAAGCGGAUGUCCAUUUCUGGUGAUGGAGUACUUGCGGCGAGGAUCUCUCUACGACAACUUGCACGACGCUGAAGUGGUGAUUGACCACAGUGAUCGACUACGCUUCGCUAUGGACAUCGCUCGUGGCAUGCGAUAUCUACAUAGUUCCAACCCGCCGCAGGUUCAUCGUGACUUGAAAAGUCCAAAUCUACUGGUAAGCGGAAAGUGGGUGGUGAAAGUUGCCGACGUGGAGUUUGUCCGGUAUCUCGCUAUUGUGAAAGAUGAAGACCAGGCAAAAGCCAAGCAAGGUGGUGAUGUUGCAUCUUCUACAAAGAAAGCAGACGCGCGGGGUGUGUGCCAAACACCCAAAAGAGCGUCACUUCGUACCACCAUAGCCGGCCCUAUGGUUGCGUCAUCCAGUUUAUCCAGCAUCAGUCAACCUCUUCUGGCGGAGUCACCAACCGACGAGCAAUGUGACGUCAUCCGUAACGAGCGCACAGCAUCGCAGCUGACGUCACGUGUCGGCAUGACGUGUGGUGUGGGCACUGAUCGAUGGAGAGCUCCUGAACUGCUCAAGGAGAACACCUAUACAGAUAAAUCGGACGUGUACAGCUACGGUGUUGUUCUGUGGGAGAUAUUCACUCGGCAGCUUCCCUACUCGCACCUGACUUGCACGGACUACAUCCACCAAGAGAUCCUCGAUGGUAAUACGCCAGUCUUUCCUCCCACAACUCCCUACCCGUAUCGUCACCUGGCUGAGGAAUGCAUGAAGGACGUACCACGUGACCGGCCAUCAUUCGUGGAGAUCAUACAACGCAUUGAGGAGCUGCAAGUCGAAGAGACGAGUAGGUCAGGGGAAUUACCUAGACAUGCAGUCUCCAGGCCACCGACAUGCAGUGCAGAGUGACAUUGAGAACUGUUGGAGGUCACAGGUGGUCCCAUCGUGCAUUGCCAAACGCCAACCAGUGAACCAGUACCUCCAUUUUUAUAAUCAAAACAUUAACAAAAAGUCCUCGAAAUAGAUUUUCGCGAAAUAUCACCACCACCAAAAGUUCGAAUUUUCGCAUUGCUAAAGUUUUUGUUUUGUCACGGCUGAGCGUAGCAAAAGAGUGCAAAAAACGUAUUUUUCACUCACACAAUUAAUAUUUUCAUGCGUUUGCUCUUGUUCUGCGCAACUCCGUUGAACCUGCCAUCAUGGUCUUUGUUUUUCCUCGUGGUAGUUGAAGUUGCCCGCCCACCCACCCUGGUUUCAUGGGGGUCUUCCGCUGUUCUUCUUGAUAUUCUAUACCAAUGUGUGCGGCUUAUAAUUAUGACAUACACUGGUUAUUACAUACCAUUUCUUGCUGUCUCUAUUCUUGGGUCCAACUGGCAGCAGGGCAGGAAUUAAUGAAAUAGAAAGGUUUUUUUGGCAGAAAGGCGUGUUUUUCCUCUAGCCCGGUUGAGCGGUCGCGGCUAGGAAUAUAGGGAGUCAUUGUUUUCAGGCGCUCCCCUGCUGCCCAGUCACCCAUGCUAACCACUGGCCAUGCUGUUUCACUUGAUUAUACAACCUUUUCUCCCGCUUGCUGGCGGUUCUUUGAUGGAUUUAGAUGUUUUCGGCUAUUUAUGUAUUAUGUGGCUGCGAGUGUGGUUUUUUGCUUCUACUCAUUUCUGGAAAACCACCACGGUGGUGAGUGUGAUUGCUCUGGUACACCACUACCGUGAGUGUGAUUGCUCUGGUAGACCACUACCCCAUGUA